CCAAUUAAAUGACACGGGAACUCAAUUUCAUAAGCGAAUUGUUAUGACUCAGUUAUCAACACGUCAGCUUGUGGCGAACGAUUCGACCAAAACAAAAGACAGUAAACAAAUUCGAUGCAGUUGCUGUUGUCGAACAUUCAAAUCCAGUCGCAAAUAAUUCUAGUCGGGGUGCCAGCUCGGAUUUGAACUUGUAAUAAAUCAAAAGCCAAGCAAGAAGACCAUCAAGCAAGCAACUAUGGGUAAUAUAUUCGCCAAUCUGUUUAAUGGUCUCUUUGCCAAAGCAGAAGUAAGAAUAUUGAUGGUCGGUUUGGAUAACGCUGGUAAAACCACAAUUCUGUACAAACUCAAGUUGGGUGAAAUUAUUUCAACAAUACCCACAAUUGGUUUCAAUGUGGAGACUGUUGAGUACAAGAAUAUUAACUUUACAGUGUGGGAUGUGGGCGGUCAAGUCAAAAUUCGUACAUUGUGGAAGCAUUACUUCGUGAAUACACAAGGUCUGAUCUUCGUUGUGGACAGCAAUGACCGAGAUCGUAUCGAUGAGGCGAGAGAGGAAUUGAUGCACAUCCUAGAGGCACACGAUCUGCGAGUCUUGCUUAUAUUUGCCAACAAACAGGAUAUACCAAAUGCAAUGAAUGCGACCGAAAUUGGCAACAGGCUCGGUUUGCACACGCUUAGAAAUCACGACUGGUACAUUCAGGCGACGUGUGCUUCCAACGGCGAUGGACUCUACGAGGGACUCGACUGGUUGGCUACUCAGAUGAAGAACGCUAGUCGAUAGUUAAACAUAAUCUAUAACCACAAUGAUAACCACCUGAUAAAUACACAAGCAAAGCGGAAGCAGGAAGAGCGGAAAACCACACCAACAGCAGCAACAGCAACAGCGGGGGCCUUUGUAUUAUUUAAAAGGCUCUGCACUUCCAUUCUGUUUACAAAAGAAGAAUGUGAAAUCGAACUAAAGUGGCACAAUCAGCUGCCUCUAGAUUCUAGAUAGAGAGUGAUCACUGUAUGAAAGUUAAUUCGAUCAGCCAGGGAGACAGAUGUGGCCAUGCUAACGGUGUUUGUAACUGUUUAGAAAAAGACCCUCCAAAUCUAUGCAAGAAGACGACACAUACAUACAUACAUACAUACAUAUGAACAUUUGUACGUACGAAUAAAGUUACCUUAUUUACUUAA